ACUAGCUAGAGAGAGGUCAUGACGUAAUACAAAAAUUAGCAGUAACGGAUUGUGCAAUGGCCGCUCCGCCGAAACCAUGGGAGAAAAGAGGCUCAAUAAAUCCUUCUUUAGGAUACCCAGCCGACCAAGCAAUGCUCAACCAGCAUGUCAACCAAAGGUCAACCACAGGCUUACCAAAUACCCAGAGGAACUACCACUCUUCAGCGUCUGUGCAGCGAACACCCCCACCGCUUCCCACCAGACCUAGCCAACAAAGCUCUCUCAUGUCAGGGAGUAUGGUGAAUCGCUAUGGAUAUGGAGGCUCAUAUGGAGGGAUGGGGAUGGGGUCCUAUGGGGGAGGAAUGUAUGGAGGAUAUGGCGGGAUGUAUGGUGGAUCUGUAGGAGGCAUGUAUGGUGGUAUGGGGUAUGGCCGAGGGAUGGGCGCAGGUAACGAGCCAUACAGUCGAUUUGUUCAGCAAGCAGAAGAAAGCAGCAGACCUGCCUUCCAGUCGAUAGAGAGCAUCGUCCAAGCGUUUGCAUCCGUCAGCAUGAUGCUCGAGUCUACCUUCCACACGGUAUACAACAGCUUCAGAGCUGUCCUAGGUGUUGCUGAACACUUCUCCCGUCUGAAGAUUCAUCUUGCGAAGAUCUUCUCCGCAAUAGCCCUCUUCAGGUUCCUGCGGUACAUCUACAGGAAGUUACUGGUUCUGUUAGGGUUAAGGACUCAUGAGUUUGCAGAGGAAAUUUGGUUGGAAGCAGAAAGCCAAGCAGCAGAAGGAGCAGUGUCAUUGAUGCCUUCCGGAGGGAAGCAGAAGAGAGCGCCCUCAUGGCCCAUCUUCAUGUUUUUUGCUGUAGUUGUUGGAGGUCCUUACAUCAUCUGGAAACUACUGUCUUCAAGUGAAGAAGAACCAGAUAGUUGUCCUGAAUGGGCUGCAGGUGAAGAGGAUCAUGUAGUUGGAAGAGCAGAGUUUGAUUUUGAUGGUGAUUCAGAGAAAGAGCUCUCAUUUCACAGUGGCGAUGUUCUCAAUUUGGCACCUAAAGAUCAACAACCCAAGGUCCGUGGCUGGUUACUAGCCAGCAAAGGUGGUGAGAAGAUCGGCCUUGUGCCUGCCAACUAUGUCAAGAUCUUGGGAAAACGCAGAGGUCGCAAGUACGCACCGACCACACAGGAAGGGAAUCCUUUAAACUCUAGUCAGUCGAUGCCUCACUUACCAGUAAACCAACCAUCCAUCUCAGCCUCAGGUUCACCGGGUAAAGCGAUGACUGCAAGUAAUCUUCAAAGCAGCCAAAGUUCUACCGACUUUGGACAUGCCUUCACUGCCUCCUCAACCCCUGGUGACAUGGAGAGUAGUUUCCUAGCAGGACAGAGCUCUAAUGAGCUUGGGGAGGAUUUUGUUUUCAGAUCGGACAAUGUGAACAAUUCAAACUCUUCGUCUGCCGACCUUCAGCAAGAUUUUGUCGGCUUUGAUAAAACAUUCUCUUCAGGUUCGGAGCGGAAAGAACCAGGAGCAGUAGAAAAACACUGACAUAUAUUGAUAUAAGAUGAUUGAAUAUGAGAAAAAUAUCGACAUUCAUGAAAUUAUAGUGAUGUUGCAGUUGUCAUAUUUCUAUUGAGGAAUUUGUUUAGGUCAUUAACGUUAAUACUCAUCACUUGAUGUGAACAACUUAGAAGACUAGAAUCUAUGUUGUCUGGCCCCAUCAGUGUGCAGACACCUCUAACCAGAGUCAAGGAAAUCAUGUGCAGUGGAUGGUCAUACUACUUCUUGUUUCAGGAAUUUUUUUUAACGUUCAUAUGGCCUCCUGCAGUGUUUAACUUCGUAUAGUACCACUCAUGUUUUUUUGUGAACAACCAUGUGGAAUCCAUAAUAUAAGGCUUAAUGAUUGAUCAUGGACCUGAUUGACAUUAUUCACGCACAAUAAUCAGUACAUUCAUUAGUAAUAAUAUUCCACUUAGAUUAUAUAACGCUUAUGACAUUGGAAUGUCUGAAGGCACUUUACAGAUACAUUAUUACCCCGGUCAUCGGAUCCUGGCAAGCCAGCAUACGAUGUAUGCAUCUUCUCCACACUGACUCCCUGGGGAGCAUCCCGUCAAGGAGUUCCAAGGCUCAACGGCUAGGCAUACUACAUAGGCUUUUACAUCCAUUCCUACUGGGUACCCAUUUACAUGUAACACCUGGGUGGAGAGUAGCACAUUGUAGAAUGAUGCCUUGCAAAAGGUUGCUGGUCCAUGGUGGGAUUCGAACACACGACCCUGUGAUUACAAGGCGAGAGUCGGAACCGAAUUUUAGAAUCCAGCCCUAUGGUUGGUCACUAUAAGCUUUACAUGUACGGUACGUUAUGGGUUCCUGACCCAUAAACAUGUUAUCAAUAAUUGAUAAAAAUGUUAUUAUACUCGCGCAACAAAACUCUUAUUCAAGAUUAUGUUGAACCCAUGAAAAGGUCUUCACCCUUCUUGGCCCUGUAAUGACGGGGAUGAUUUAUGAUCGAUUGCAGUGGUUAUUGCAUAUGAUAAAUGCUCCACACUCUAUCGCAAAGAUUUGUGUUACCGGGCCCCUGGUGGAAGUGACCAACCAUACCAAACACAGUGCUAUUGAUCAUGGUUUAUACACAAAAUCUAAAUAUUUUUUGUAAACAUACUUCUGACUAGAGGAGGUUUGAAUCCUGAUUUUAUUGUUUACGUACAUGUACAUGUAAGAUCUUUUCUUUGUACUGGACUAUACAUGUACACUGUAGUUUGCUCUUGUGUAAUGUGUCUCAAGACACAAUCUUUAAUACUGGUUCAAUGUUGAAAGUUGUUUAUGUGUACAAAGUACUACAAAGGGAGCUCAGAAUUAUACAGAAGCCCCUUCUCAUUAAAAUGAUAACUUCAGCAUCAAUGGUAUAAACUUUAAUGUCUGUAUAGCAACCCCUUUUCUCAUUUAUACCUAUUUUUUUUAUAUAAAGUAUUAAAAGCAAAACUUGAUAUUGGAUAAAAUGGUUUUCCACACGUAUAACAACAUACAUGUAUGCCAUGAUAGCGUUUUAUUUGUAUCAAGUUACCAUUUAUUAUUUUUAAUCUUCUUUGCAUGGAUAAAUUGAAAAGUAUUUGGCAAAAAAUGAAAAACAAGGAUUUUACUCUUACUAGGCAGUGCUGCACCAGCCCGAGUUUACUCUAUCUCAAGAUUCAAGAAACGUCUCGAACAGCGCAAGAAGAGCAUUUCGUGCUCGAGUGAGGCUUUGAUGCAUUAUGGUCCAAACCCAUGAAUAAAUAAUCCGGAGUCGAAUCUCGAGUGCGUUUGCACCUGCGAAUUGGCGGAACAAUUCGAAAAUAGUGCGCUAUUUUGCAAAUAAUUCUAAGACGACUUAGGAUUGCAAUCUCAAGAUUAAUCAGCGAACCAUCACUGUGCUUGCGUCUCCAUUAGAAAUAAUCUCAAGAAUAUUCAGAUUUUUUCAAAACAGGAAAAUUUGGUGGAUCUGAAAGAGUGUGAUUAGUUGAAAACUUGAGCUGAUGCAGAUGGCCCUUCUGAAAAUGUCAGAGUUUUAGUUGAUGAUUGUGAUAUCUUAUUCUGAUAACAAGUUGCCUUUUUUCUUGGACUG